AUGCUCUUCACCACCAUCCUUGCCUCCACCAUCGCUCUGGGUAUGGGCGUCUCCGCAGCUCCUACACCCCCCGCCAACACCCGUAUUGUCCAGCUCCGCCUCUACGGCGAAUCCGGCUGCUCGGCCCUAAACCAGGGCGAGCUUGGAGUGUACGGCGACCACGUCAACCAGUGCCAGACCUUCCCCGACACCACGGCCGUCAAGUCCGUGAGCUUCGAGUUCAACUACCAGAAAAACUGUACUCUGGCCGUUUACAAUGACGUCACCUGCAACCUCAAUCGCCACGACGUGAAGGAGAAGACCUGCCUUUCCGGUGACGAGGUGUACGGCAGCUAUAUCGUCCAGUGUCCCCUUGCCUAA